CUGGAAGUUAUUUAAAAAAAAUAAAUGACGAUGGUGCUUUUAUUGGAUCUUUUGCAUAUUUUCUACCAUCUCUUGCCGCUGCUGUUGUGCGUACCAAAAGCCUUUGGUCUACACGGCAGAGGUUAUCAUAACCAUAGCAAAGAGCUCGAGCUGCCGACAGAUCUGCCCAAUAUCACGUAUGACAGCGGCGAAUACCAAAUGCUAAUUGCUGGUGGCUAUAAGCCUUUGAAGAAUACUCUUACUAAAUAUGUGGUAUCCAUACGUACCUCCCGGGCGACUGCAUACUUUGGCGAUAAUCACUUUUGUGUUGGCUCUAUAAUAUCUGACAAUUUAAUAAUGACCGCAGCGCAUUGUGUUGUUGAUCGCCGAAAGGUCGUCACGCGUCCGCAUCGUCUUGUUGUUGUUGCUGGCGCACCGAAUCGUUUUCAAAAACUACAGACCACUGUUGAAAUGAAGGUACAAGAUGUUUUGCCUCACGAGCACUUUAAACGCAAGGGAGCUCACGAUAUCGCACUCCUUCGGCUGGUUCACCAUUUUCCCGACGAUAAUGAUUUUGUUAAAAUAAUAGGUUUAGCUAAUAAAAUGGUGCAACCAGGCACCUCAUGUCAAAUCCUUGGUUGGGGUCAACUCUUUUUUCGUGGUCCAUAUUCGGCACAUGCUAUUGUUGCCAAUUUAACGGUAUACUCGCAGGAAUAUUGUAGAAUGUUCUAUCGGCAUCACUUUCAUGAAACGAUGAUUUGUGCUGGCAAGCAAGGUGUUUGGGAUGCGGAUGCCUGUCGUGGCGACUCAGGCGGUCCACUAAUUUGUAAUGGUGAAGUAGUUGCUAUUGUUUCAUGGGGUUCACAUUGCGGCGAAAAGGGGAAACCGACCAUUUUUACUAGUGUAUAUCAUCAUCGUGAUUGGAUUAAAAUAGCCAGUGGCUCGGAAACUAUGCGCCGCCUAAUCAAGUCACAGCAUUUUUUCUUAAACCUGCUGCUAAUAUAUUUUUUAUUGCAAACUUAA